CUCGGAUAUUGACGAUAUCUGAGUGUGCCAUCAGGCAGGCAAGCCAAACACGCGCUGAGCAGCGCAUGAAUUGGUGUACGAUUAUGGCGGAAGUCAACAUGGACCGGGGGCCGAGAUCUCCACCGGCCGCUCCAAACGAGACUGAGGAGGACAAUGAGAGAUCGCCUGAACUGGCAAGGCGUUGCUAUGAAGAUGGAGUGAUGCCAGCAAACAUCGACCCUGGAGUAAUGAGUGGGGAGGGUCGUGUGGUCCCCGUUAAAGUCAAUAGGAACAUCGAUCAGGUGAAGAUAGAGCAUACUGUCACUAUUAUCUUCCGAGAAGGGGCGAGAUUCUUGUCCCGUAAGGUUAAAGAGGAUAUAGUGAGGGCGUUUGAAGAUGAGAAGGUGGCCGAGGGUGCCCUUGAUGUGCAAACAUUCAUCAGUGGAAGAGUGAAGAUCGAGAGCCCGAAUGUACUCUCGUACAUGGCCAAAAGCACAGCGAUCAUUACCUUCUUGAUUCUCAAAGGAAGAGAUGAACUCACAAUUGGCAGGAAUCGCUAUGUCCUCGAAUUUAAACCAUGGCUUACGAAAGCCCAAUUGCGCGCUCAGAGACUGGAGGAAGAUGACUCGGUGUUUUGGGUGAUUGCGGUCCAAGCCCCUCUGGACGCCUUUUUCUACUUGCACGCGCAGGUAGCACGAGCGAUUGGGCCGAUCUUACGUACACAUCCAACAGAACAAGACCGCCUGAAGCCAGCCGUCAUUAAUAUCAAAUUUGAUAUUGACCCUUCUGCCAAGGACAAUAUGAAGGAUAAGAUUUGGGUGGAGACUUGUGAAGGUGACGAACUGGAGAUUAGACUGGAUUCCUCGGACACGCCUAGAUGUAGAAGAUGCAGAGCCUUCUUUCACACUGAUGCGGAGUGCAGAAGAAAUCAGAAUCAAGGCCAAGGUCCACAACAUCAGCAAUCUACAAGUCGACCACAGUACCAGGGAGUGUUGAGACCGAUAGGUGGGCAAGGAGGUCCGGGUGGGGGAGCACCAAAUGAAGAGGUAGGCACUUCACAAACGAGAGGUGAAGGAGUAUCGGCAACUAUGGCGACAGGACAAGCGGGAGCCAGGAUACCAUUGGCGAUGGAGAGAUUUAUCCUGAGCCAAGGUCAAACUGCACAAGGGAUGGGACAACAGCCCACCCCACUAGGUCAUCUGUCGAGCUUUCUCCCGGGAAACUUCAACCUGGGACAGUUAAACAACAAUCCGAUCUUCUCUCCCUGUCUUCAUGCGAUGCCGAGUGGCAAUUUCUAUCAUCCACUCGGUAUACCAAGCCAGUCUUCCUAGAUGGCGCAUCCAGUUAUGCAGCAAUACGUCGGUACCGCCUCGGCCUUUGCUCCCUAUUAAGAUCUGAGAAGCGGAGCACAUCAUCCAUCACGAGAAGCAACUAUGCCGCCGCUAACAAGAGGCCAAACGGAGCAAGCAACAAGUGAAGCACCAUCAGAGCCUUACCUGCCGCCGCGACCAACGGAGGUGAAAGACCUUCAAGCAUGCCGACAGGAGGCUUCGACUUCAUCUCCAGCAGGACAAGAUGGCAGACGACUGACCUUUGGGAAACAACGACGCCUGGAAGGAAACGUUUCAACCUCUCCCUUGCAUAGGAAUGAAGAGUUGUUGUCCCCACAGGGGUCCGAAAAUUCAUUGACGUCUAUCGUCGGUACCCCAGGUACGAAAACAACGAGGAGGCGAACGCCGGCAACUCUGCAGAGAGGUCAAAUCCAGGACCUGGAGGUAAGGAUUCUCCCGGUAUUCUGCACGGUCGUGCGUAACAACCUAUGGUGGAUUGCUUUUGUAGGUCCCGAGGGUUCGCCAGCGCCGGUCAAUCUACCUGCUCCUGAACAACCCAUGCCAUCAUCCAUUUUCACCCUAGUGCGCACUGCGAUUAGGAACAAAUUUCCAUUUCGAUG